AUGAGAUUGUUUACGGCCGCGCUCUUCCUCAUAACGACAUUCUUGCUUCCUGUUGUUGAAGCAGAUUUGGAGUCUGCGGCCGCUCUUUAUCCAAAAUGCGGCCUCGACUGUACCAUAGCAGGCAUCGCUCAGUCGCCCUGCUCUGCGACAGACCAAGCAUGUAUCUGCACAAACCAGCAGUUGGCAGAAACUAUCACAAUAUGCGUUGCCAUGAAUUGUACGAUCAAAGAACAACUGACCACCAAGAAUGUGUCCAUGACGGCUUGCGGCUCACCCAUCCGUGACAGAAGCAGUCUUGUCUCAGGAUUUGGGGCAGGAGGAGGCGCUGUAGCCCUCAUCAUCUACAUGAUCCGUAUCUUCGCCAAACUCAAAGUUCCCGCGGCGAAGAUUGGUUACGACGACAUAACCAUCACUAUUGCAAUGAUUCUCCUUAUAGCAUUCUCAGCGUUGUCAGUAGUCCUUGCCAGUAACGGCUACGGCAGAGACAUCUGGACCGUUCCGUUUGACGACAUCACUCUCAUUCUCAAAGUAUACUUUAUUGACGAACUUCUCUAUAUCAUCAUUAUUUCCCUGACGAAAGUGGCAAUCAUAUGCUUCUACAUUCGAGUCUUUCCGGAGAAGUAUUUUCGACGGGUAGCCUUCGCCACCAUGGCCGCCACCCUUCUAUAUAUGGUUGCAUUUCUCGUCGUCUCAGCCUUCCAGUGUCAACCAGUGUCUUUGGCGUGGACGCACUGGGACGGCGAGCACGAGGGCAAAUGCAACAAUGUGAACGCUCAGGGAUGGGCUGCGGCAGCGAUCAACAUCGUUCUGGACGUGGUCAUUCUCGUCAUGCCAUUACGGCUGGUAAUGAAACUAAGCCUGCAUUGGAAGAAGAAGUUACAAAUCAUGAUCAUGUUGAGUGUGGGAGCAUGUGUGAUCGUUGUUAGUGCUCUGCGACUGGACACGCUCUUCCAGUUUGCCACUUCCCAAAACCUGACAUGGGACACCACGGCAUUCGGCUACUGGUCCUGUAUCGAGAUGGACGUGGGGGUCAUUUGCGCCUGUAUGCCCGCGAUCUACUCGCUAUUCAAACACUACUUUCCCAAGGUCAUCGGGGGGACAGUCCACGGCAAGAGCAAGGGAAGUGGUCUUUCUGGCAGCCGGAGUGGAGCUCGGACUCCAGCGAUACAACUUGAUAGGCGGAGGGAUGCCAAAGACGGCGGACAGGACUUUGUCCGUUUGGUUGACCUGGAGAGCGUAAAGGACGACCGUGUCGGCUUUGCACCAGGGACGGCAUUCUAG